CCACUCAGUCCUUAUCGCUCUCCUCACACAUCCUCCAAUGGCAACACCCUCGAAUUAUCACCCCGUCGAUUCACCGGCCCAUUUCCAAGCACUUCUUUCCGAGGAUCUCACUCGGGUUUCCUUGCUCUACUUUUGGGCUCCAUGGGCUGCCCCUUGUAAACAAAUGAACGAGGUCGUGUUGGAAACCGCGAAGCGCUAUCCUUCCUUGCUCGUUCUUAUGAUCGAGGCAGAGGAACAACCCGACAUUUCAGAGUCGUUUGAGAUAGAGGCUGUCCCGUCACUCAUCCUACUCAGAGGACACACGUUGCUCAGCCGCAUUUCCGGUGCGGAUGCACAAGCAUUGCAGAACGCCCUUGCUUCCCAUCUCAAUAAUGGUGCUGGCACCGCUUCAGAGAGUGAAACUCCCGAACAGAUGAACGCCCGCUUGAAGUCCCUCAUGAAUCGGAGCAAGGUCGUGCUGUUCAUGAAAGGAACUCCUGAGGCGCCACGCUGCGGAUUCUCUCGACAGACCGUGGAGAUUCUGAAGAAGCAGGGCGUCGCAUUUGAUCAUUUCGAUAUUCUCUCGGAUGAUUGUGUACGGUCGGGGUUGAAGGUUAUCAACAAUUGGCCGACCUUCCCCCAGCUCAUUGUGAACGGCGAGUUUGUUGGUGGAUUGGAUAUUAUCAAGGAGAUGGUGUCAACUGGCGAGUUUGGUGAUUUGUUGGGCUCUGCAUGAGGAUGUCCAAGUGCGGCAAAGAUGUAACGUGGGUCCAUUCUUUAAAACCUUGUACUUGGUUCGAAUGUUGUAAGCAAUACUAUCCCUCAUGUUUAGUUGAUCAUCUCCAUCCCAAUUAGAGCUGUUUCGCAUCUACCGGAAUGGCAUUUCUAUCUUUUUAUUUCUAUCCAUGAGCUUGUAUCUUUUGGUAUUUUGAUAUUCUUCACAUGCAUUGUACAGUUGC